AUGGCCCAGAAGCCGAAGGUAGACCCCCACGUCGGGCGGCUGGGCUACCUGCAGGCGCUGGUCACGGAAUUCCAGGAGACGGAGAGCCAAGCCGCCAAGGAGCAAGUCCUGGCCAACCUCGCCAACUUCGCCUACGACCCCAGCAACUACCAGUAUCUGCGGCAGCUGCAGGUCCUGGACUUAUUCCUGGACUCGCUGUCGGAGGAGAAUGAGACCCUGGUGGAGUUUGCUGUCGGAGGCCUCUGCAACCUGUGCGCGGACAGGGCCAACAAGGAGCACAUCCUGCAGGCGGGGGGCGUCCCGCUCAUCAUCAACUGCCUCUCCAGCCCCAACGAGGAGACGGUGCUGUCCGCCGUCACCACCAUCAUGUACCUGAGCGCGCCGGGCCCCGGCCGCCACCCCGAGCUGAGCGCCACGCCCGUGGUGCAGUGCAUGCUGCGCUUCUCCCUCUCCGCCAACGCCCGGCUCCGCAACCUGGCCCAGGUCUUCCUGGAGGACUUCUGCUCCCCGAGCCAGGUGGCCGAGGCCCGCCGCCGGCCGGCACACUCCGCCCUGGGCAUCCCCCUGCCCCGGACCGAGGCCCCGCAGCAGCCCUGA